AAUUUAUGCCAUUACUUCCAAAUACUGCAAAGAAUGCCGAACAAAUAAGUAUAUAAUAUUGCUGUCAGCGACUCCUUAAAUAAACCACUUUUGACAAGAUUGUCACUCCAUUAAUAUUUCUAGUCAUUUUAAGUGAUGAUUAUAAGAAUGAAAUGAAAGAUGCUAUGGGGCUUUGUUAAUUAUUCGUCUUAACCACAGACAUUUAAAAGAAUAUUGACAGCAUAUAAUUAAUGCAUAUUUUCCAAAAACAUUUAAACAAUUAAAGAACUUCAAGAGGUCAACAGGUUUUAGGUACAUUUCAUUAUGGAAAAUCGUUUAUUGACGGAAAAAGGUUGCCAAUAGCUUAUUCUAUAUAUAAUAUGUAUUUGAAUUUUAUAGGGUUUCUUUUUAAGAUUUUAACAAAAACCAUAUCUGACUGAAAUAAUGUACUUACUGAGGUAAAAUGACAAGUUAUUUAUAUCGACAUUUUCUCUUUAUUACAUUAAGGUUGACGGCCAUCUAGAAUUUUACCACCCAUCAUUGACGACAUUUCGCUGGGUUCUGAUUUUUUUAACUUAAACGUGCAUAUGGUUCAUCAGGCAAAGUUUCAUAAACCUAAACCAAAGUGCACCAUUUGGUGAAAGUUGGUCACAAUAUGACUGGGCGAUGCUAGUUACGUCGUGCUUUUCAAAAGAAACAAACAUAACCAGUAAAAACGUCCAUAGUGUAGUUCAAACCAAUGUGUCAGGAGAAGAUAAAAUAUUGUAGUAGUCAUUUUCUAUUUCAAUUUGGGUUAAACUCAACUGCAUCUACCAUCUCAUGGAUAUCAUUCGAUAUUUUAUUAAUAAGAUUGAUAAUUGAUAAUUUUAAUAAUUAUAUUUUCCAUUUAUUAGAAAACAUUUAAAAAAGCGAUCGUUUUGUUACGGACUGUUUCUUUUUCCAGGGUUUUGUCAAAGCAUAAAUGUACACCGACAUCGAUAGUUAAUGUCAUAAUUAAAGUCAUGAAGCGAACUCACAAAUAACAUUGACAGAUAGAGAUGGCCUCCUACAAGACAAUUUUGGAAGAGAAGGAUAAUCAAAACUGGUUAAAAUCCUCCCUUGCCCUUCGGAUUACCAAGUCCGGAUUACGGGGUCUUGCUGAGGAUCGUAGCAGUCGAACACAACAAAACAUACUCACAUCAACACAACAGGCAAACAAUAUCAUUCCAGGGACAACAUGCAAUAAUUGUCUAACAGAAAACCUCUUCCAAUGUCCUACAUGGGGACUAUGUUCACAUCCACGGAAUUGCAAAUUUCACGAUACCCCAAACAAGAUGCAGCGGCCAUGCCUAUCUCAGAUAUGUGGGGGCUUCAAGAACGAGAUAAUAAACGUUCAUCGGUUCGGCAACCCUUCAUGGAAAAACACUCGGGCUGAAAUGUGGUGUACCAACCACUGGGAGGUGGCAAAGUGUUUCAUGGGAGAAGGAUACCAAGACGUAAAGUCUUUUGAUGAUACGGACUUCAAUGGUGUGAUUAGUUUGAUGUUGAAUUGCAAGGAAUAUGAAGGCGACUUCUCUUUUCCCAUCGCCAAUAUCUCGAAUUUACUGACAGAGGCUCGCGAUGCUGGUCGAAAGGUCCGCCAUUCCCCAGAUCUGAAGGUAUCCGACGCUGAAUUAACACAGUAUUUUAACACAUUGACUACACUGAUGUCCGAUCCACAAUACCUUGCGGGCAACACCAAUGCACAAGAGGCUUUACAGAAACUUCAUCAGCUUAAAGCUGACAACAUGCAUAUAUCAAUGGAAGACGUUCAGGAAGUACUAGAAGAGGCUAGAGUGGUCAUUGAAACUGGGAGACAUCAAUUAGACAGAAUUGUUCAGGUUGGCAUGAAUGAAUCAUUAAACAAGAUAAAUGAUAAAACGGAACAAUCACAGCGUGAAAUAUACAGGCGCACAGAAGAAGGUCUGGAAGCACUAGACAAGGCAGUGGAAGAGGCAGCUGGCAAAAUCCAGACCGUCACAUUGACUUCGAGUGCUGAACAGGAAGAAGAUUUUCGACAGCGCCUAGCGAAGUGUUAUCUGAAAACCCUUCAUACCGUACAAAUAUCGCCCCUUGUUUCCGAAAGAGACGAGUUGCUGGAAAGGAUUUACGUGCCCCCAAAGAUCGUUAUAAGGAACCACAGACGAGUCAAAACAACUGCAGAAGAUGAAGUGCCUAUACCGGCUACAUGUUAUAGACAGGUUCUUUGUAAGGAUGAUAAGUUUGUUGGAAGAAUUUUCCUUGUAGGUGAAGCUGGAAUGGGAAAAUCGACCUUUUCUGCAAAAAUUGCUCUUGACUGGGCACGAAAAUGCACACUACCAAACAAGGACCAAAAACCGUUAGCACAUAUUGAGAGCAACCUAUUUCAAGAUGUUGAAACAUUAGAGAACAUUGAGUUUCUCUUCCAUGUUACUCUGAGAGAUGCUUCGAGAAUGUGCAAUUUCACUCAAAUAAUUAAAGAUCAGUUGAUAAAUAGACUGUUUGACCCAGAUGAAAAUACGGAAGCUUACAAAAUGCUGAAGCUCGUUCUGUUAAACCGAACAUGUGUGAUAAUUGCGGACGGCUUGGACGAGUGGACCCAUCCUAGUGACCUUGAAUGUUCCUGCAAAGAACAAGAAAAAGUAGUUCCUUUUCUGUCACCAACCAUCGAUACGACCAUUUUAAUUACCUCACGGCCGUGGAGAAUGGCCCAACAUCCAGUCAGCGACUCUGGAAUAGACAAGUUGUUAGGAAUUGAAGGAACAGCGGACACCGAGCAAUUGGUUCAAAACGUACUUCAAUGUCUUGAUGGAGAAUUAUAUCAGAAAGACGGUUUAAAACAAUUUAUGUCAUACGUGCAUACAAGGAAAAUGGUAAACUUGUUGUCGAUACCGAUCACUGUGAUGAUGCUUGUGUGCUUAUGGUUUCAGGGAGAAGAGGAAUCCCUUUCUUUCUGUGACAUAUAUGCCCAUAUAUUGGCCAUGAUGUUUAAAAAAACACAAGUUGAUACUAUAUGCAAGGGGGAUGGCAUACGUCUACCACGCUGCUUUUGUGUGGCCACGCAAUUUUCAAAUAUACUCGUUAAACUUGCACACAUCGCAUUAAGUAAGCUAUAUGCAUCAGAUCGCAGUGAAUCGUUAGUGUUCGGAGAUGUUGAAGAAUUGAAAAGAGAAGAACUUGUUUGUCUUCUCAAGACCGGUGUCAUUCGGGAAUCAAAAACACGUUCAUUGAUCAAUAACACGUCCAACUUCUCCUUUAUUCAUAAAACAGUACAGGAGUUUCUCGCUGCAUUGUACUUGUCUAUUCAUCCUGAUGCUUUUGAUCGCGUGAUAAAACCUUAUCAUGUUACUAACAAGGACAUGACGGAUUCCGAAAAGGUGUUCAUUUUCGUUUGCGGUAUGAACUGUGAUUUACCCCACCGAAUGUCUGAACUCUUGUGUAAUAACCUUUCAUGUACAAGUUACGAAGGACUUAAAGAUAACUACACUUAUCAAGUAGACAUUCCAUCCGAAGGUAGUGUAUUAGAACUUCAAAAUAUAAUUAUUUCGGGACAUCAAGAAGCGCUCAACAACGGAAUUGAGGACAUCUAUUUAGCCCUAUAUGCUUUUAGUAUAAAAAGGCUGCACGGGAUUAACAAUAUGUCUACUUUGAAAACGUUGCUUUCAAUGAACAAGUCUAAAGUGCGUUAUAUUAAUAUAUCCGAUGUUGGAGAACACAUCUCAGAGGAGGAGCUGCAGGAAGUUUUCCGCCUUUCCUCUAAUGCUCUCAUCGGGGUAUCACUGUCCAACUGCAGUGGUCGAUAUGACUUAUCAGCUUGUACUCGUCUGCAAAACAUAUGCAUUGUAGGUCGGAAAUCCUCAUAUAUCAAGGUUAAUACGGAGAGCUUGGUAGCAUGUAAUUUAAUGCGCGCUUCUUCAAAUGUGGAGACAGAACUUUUUCAGUCAUUAAUAAAAGGAUAUAAGCAAUUGAAACAUUUAUCGAUAGACGAUGCGUGUCAUAUUGGCAUUUUUCUUCAAACACUACCGUUGUUGACAAAAUUAGAAUACGUGUAUAUAGGAAGCGCACAUUUCAAAGAAGGUCGUCCCAUUCUUCUCCCUGCCUCUGUUACCCAUAUAGCACUGUCAAUGGUGAAAAUGCCAGCGAUUACGUUCCAGGGGUUGGUUGAUUGGAUGGAAAGAAGCAACCAUACCGUUGUAUGUCGGUUAUCGUUCUUUUAUGUAAAGCCUCGCCACAUAGCUGGAAGGAUAAAACAUUAUAUUCGAUCGAGUAGAAACUUUAUGGUCAUAAAUGAAGUGUUGGCAAGACGGUUUGAGUUCUGCAGUGUUAAGGAAUGGCCUCGUGCGCGCCCUGAAAAUGGUUUACUAAAUAAGAUGCAAGGUUGGGUACACCUGAUACUCAUCCUUUGCCAAGAACGUGACCAGUCCGUGUCCUCCAGGUCGCGCGCAUGCACAGAAGUCUGCGCAUCCAAAACUGAAUUUACCUAUAUAGGGCCAAGCGUGUGCUAUGAUGAUGGCGCAUCUCAGAUGGCCUCCUACAAGACAAUUUUGGAAGAGAAGGAUAAUCAGAACUGGUUAAAAUCCUCCCUUGCCCUUCGGAUUACCAAGUCCGGCCUACGGGGUCUUGCUGAGGAUGGCAGCAGUCGAACACAACAAAACAUACACUCAUCGAUACAACAGGCAAACAAACUAAGUCCAGGGACAAAAUGCAGCCAGUGCCUGACAGAAAAUCUCUUCCUAUGUCCUACCAGGGGACUAUGUUCAAAUCCACGGAAUUGCAAAUUUCACAACACUCCAAACAAGAUGCAAAGACCAUGUCCCUCUCAGAUAUGUGGAGACUUCAGAAACGAGAUAGUAAGUGUUCAUCGGUUCGGCAACCCUUCAUGGAAAAACACACGGUCUGAACUUUGGUGUACAAACCACUGGGAGGUGGCAAAAUGUUUCAUGGGAGAAGGCUACCAAGACGUCAAUUAUUUUGAUGAUACGGACUUCAAUGGCGUGAUUAGUUUGAUGUUAAAUUGCAAGGAAUAUGAAGUCAACUUCUUUGCUUAUGUCGCCAAUGUCCCGAAUUUACUGACAGAGGCUCGAGAUGUUGGUCGAAAGGUCCGCCAUAACCCAGAUCUGAAGGUUUCUGACGCUGAAUUAGCACAGUAUUUUAACACAUUGACUGUACUGCUUUCUGAUCCACAAUACCUGGCGGGCAACACGAAUGCACAAGAGGCAUUGCGGAAACUUCACCAGCUCUUCAAGGACAACCUGUAUAUAUCAACGGAGGACAUUCAGAAAGAACUACAAGAUGCUAGAUUAGUCAUAGAAACUGGGAAACUUCAGUUGGAAAGAACAGCUAGGGACGGCAUGAAUGAAGUAAUAAACCAAAGUAAACAGUCCGUGUCCCAGGUUAUCGACGAGUCUCAAUUAUGUCAGCGUGAAAUAUACAGUCGCACAAAUGAAGGUCUGCAAGCACUUGACACGGCAGUGGAAGAGGCAGUUGGUAAAAUCCAGAAAGUAACCUUGAGUUCGAUUGCUGAACAAGAAGAAGAUUUGCGACAGCGCCUAGCGAAAUGCUAUCUCAGAUCGCUUCAUUGCGCGCCAAUAUCGCCAUUUGUCUCCGAAAAAGACGAGAAGCUUGAAAGGUUUUACGUUCCCCCAAAGGUCUUUAAAAGGGAUAAAAGACGAAUUGAUAACGCGGAAAAAAAACAAUCAAUACCAGUUACAUGUUAUAAAGAUGUCCUCUGUAAAGAUGAUAAGUUUGUUGGAAGAGUUUUUCUUGUAGGUGAAGCUGGAAUGGGAAAAUCGACUUUCACUGCAAAAAUUGCUCUUGACUGGUCACGAAAAUUGACAUCAAACAAAAAACAAGUACCUUUAACACAUAUUGAGCGCAAUCUUUUUCAAGAUGUAGAAACAUUAGAGAAAAUAGAGUUCCUCUUCCAUGUUACCCUGAGGGAUGCCGGUGGAAUGUGCAACUUGACUCAAAUGAUUAAAGAUCAGUUGAUAAAUAGACUCUAUGAAUCAGAUGACUAUAUGGAUGCUUUCAAAACGGCGAAGCGUGUUCUGUCUAACCGUACAUGUCUGAUAGUUGCAGACGGCUUGGACGAGUGGACCCAUCCUUGUGACCUUAAUUGCUCAUGCAAAGGCAGAGACAAAGUUGUUCCAUUUUUGUCACCAAACAUUGACGCGACCGUUUUGAUUACCACAAGGCCUUGGAGGAUGGCCCAACAUCCAGUCAGCGACUCUGGAAUAGACAAGUUGUUAGGUAUUGAAGGCGCAGCUGACACCGACCAACUGGUUCAAAACGUACUACAAUGUCUUGAUGGAGAAUUAGAUCAAUCAGAAGGCUUGAAACGGUUUAUGUUAUACGUUCGAAACAAAAAUAUGGUCUCUUUUAUGUCGAUACCGAUCAUUGUGAUGAUGCUUGUGUGCUUGUGGUUUCAGGGAGUAGAGGAAUCAUUUUCCCAUUGUGACAUAUACGCCCAUAUGGUAGUCAUGAUGUUUAGAAAGACAGAAUGUAUCGAUACAAUAUGCCAGGGAAAUGGCGUACGUCUACCACGCUGCUUUCGUGAGGCCACGCAAUAUUCAAAUUUUCUCGUUAAACUGGCAAACUUCGCGUUUCAUAGGCUAUAUGCAGCAGAUCGCAGGGAAUCGUUAGUGUUCAGAGAUUGUGAAGAAUUGACACAAGAGGAGCUAGUUUGUCUUCUCAAGACCGGCGUCAUUCGGGAAACAAAAACACAUUCUUUGAUCAAGAACACGUCAAGUUUCUCUUUCAUUCACAAAACAGUUCAGGAAUUUCUCGCUUCCUUGCAUGUUUCUAUUCAUCCUGAUACUUUUGACCGCGUGAUAAAGCCUUAUUAUGUUAAAAACCAGGAUAUAACGGAUUUCGAAAAGGUAUUUGUUUUUGUGUGCGGGAUGAACUGUGAUUUUGCUCAUCGAAUGUCCGAACUUUUGUGUGAUAACCUGUCAUAUAUAAGUUACGAAGGAGUUGGUCACUUCAGGACUCAAGUUGACAUUCCAUCCACUGUAAGAGUAUCCGAACUUCAAAACAUUAUUUUUAGCGGACAUAAAGAAGCAAGCAACAACGGAAUAAAAAACAUUUCUUUAGCCCUACAUGCUUUCAAGUUUAACAGCAUGGUUAAAAACGUGUCUACUAUGAAAUCCUUGCUUUCAAUGAACAAGUCGAAAGUGCGUUAUAUUGAUGUGUUCAAUGUUGGAGAACCGAUCAACGAGGAAGAUCUCCAAGAAGUAUUCCGACUUUCCUCGAACUCUCUCGAGGGGGUGACACUGUUCCACUGCAGUGGUCGAUAUGACUUAUCAGCUUGUUCUUGUCUCAAAUACCUUUAUAUUUAUGGAAGUAAAACCUUGGACAUCAACGUUAAUACGGAUUGCUUGCUAACAUGUUGUUUAUUCGCUGGCUCAAAUGUGCAGAAAGAACUUCUUAAGUCAUUAAGAAAAGGAGAUAAGCAAUUAAAACAUUUUUCCACAGAAUAUGUAUAUGAUAAUGUCGAUUUCUAUCAAACACUUCCGUUGUUGACAAAAUUAAAAUAUUUGUAUAUUGAAAAUGCAUACUUCGAUGAUCGUCCCCUUCUUCUGCCUGCCUCUGUUACCCAUAUACAACUGUCAGUGGCAGGAAUGGCAGAAAGGACGAUCCAGAGGUUGGUGGAUUGGAUGGAAAGCAGCAACCAUACUGUUGAGUGUCGGUUAUCGUACUAUUGUGUAUUGCCUUAUAGAGAAAUUGAAAAUAUAAAAGAUAACAUUCGAUCAAGCAGAAACUUUAUGGUCACAGAUGGUACAAAUAUGUUUUCAAAAGUGUUUCAGUUUUGCAGUGUAAAGGAUUGAAUUAGUGAUUUUCCAUGGACAUAGAGUGGCUGUCGUGUUAUAUUGCUACAACUCUUGAUAUUUGAAAUCACUAUGUUGUAUGAAUAGUUUUUUAAUCGUAUUUGUGACUGUGUUUGUGUACAGGCGCCAUUUAUUGUGGGGUUACAACAUAGCAAUUUCGUUGGUCUUCAGUGGUUGUAAUGUUAUUUAUUACCAAACAUUUUAUUUAAAUCGCUUCGCUAUUUUUGCAAUAUGCUCAAAUUUGAGAUGAAACAGAUGAAGCAAAUACAGAUCUGAAUACCCUUA